GCUCCCCCUUCCUGCACUGUUUGGGUCUGUCCCGUGUCCCCGUCGCUAACCGGCACCCAUGUCCUCGGGGGGAAGCAGUGAACCCUGACACAGUCGCUCAGCUCCACUGGUUCUAUACUGGCGCGUCCCGUUGCGCACAGGACCGUUUCAAACACUGCACGCUUCCAGACACGUUUUUCGGAUUUCUUCAAACCUCUGGACGGCUUGUCGGACAGAGAGUUGCAACUUUACGACUCAUUAUGUUUCACUUCUGGAUGACUGACGAUCGGUGACAGGAGGACUCGGGGGAGUUGAGGUAGCCUACAGCAGGAACAAGGAGCAGUGUUGGCUCUCCCCCGAGCAGUUUGCGCAGGGUGAUACAGUGCAAGCUUUUAUUGUGGCUGAUUGACCGUGCCGUCGCAUUACAUGGGUUUCUUUACCAGCAGUCACUUUUAUGAUGCUACCAAUUACACGUUGAGCUCUUGUUAGUUGCCGUUCCCUUCACUUCCCCCCGCAAAACUUCAGUCAGUGGAUCAUUUUGGGAGCGACAGGAUGGGCUCGCAAGCCGGCACAGCUCCACAGAAACAGGCGCUCCUGUGGUUCCUGAUAGCAGUGUCUCGGUGUGUGUCAGCAUUGGGCUGCGGCCCUCACUACGAAUACGCUAUUGAGGAUUUCUGCCUGGGCAAGUUCAGACUGGACAUGCAAGAGCUGGAUCAGAGACACUGGUGUAGCUGGGAGGACACAGUAGAACUCUACGGCGAGUUGACAAACUGCACGUACCUAGUGGCACUGAAGAUGGACUGCUUCUGGCCCAACCGGCUGGUGGACGAGUUCUUCAUCCGGGUCCACAGGCACUACUUUCACGACUGCUCUCUAUCAGGACGGCUUCCCAUGGACCCUCCCAACCGCAUCCUGGGUCCAUUUAUUGUCGUGCCCAUCCUGGUCACCCUCCUCAUGACAGCCUUGGUGGUGUGGAGGAGCAAGCGCAGUGAGGGGAUCGUGUAGGGAAAGAGGGAGUUCUCAAGACUCAAGACAAGAGGUGCUUUCUGUCACACCAUUCUCACCUUCAGUGACCAAAGAAUCUCUUCUCCUGAGUGUCAGUGUUUGGGUAAAACACUUGUAAAGGACAGGAAUCACUAUAGGAUGGACCCAGAAGAGGAAAUGAAUGAGACUUAAAACCAGAUCCUACUUCAGUGAGGCUUUGUUGUCUCUGCACCAGAGCAAAGCCUUUACAGCUCCUGUUUAUUUGUACCUUGUACAUGCAUUUAAAUAAUUUCUUUGGUUUACAGAGCACAAAGGUCACCUGGAUCGGGUCUGGACCACAACAGGCACGGCUAAAAAGACACUGUAAACACAAAAAUCUCUUUAUUGAGAAAAAUUGCUUGCAAAGAAUUUUGGAUGUGAUGCUGAUGUUAUUACACACACAAACACACACACACAUGCACACAAACACAUACACUAACAAGAAUUUUACUAUUUUUGGAAACCAUAGACAUCACCUCAUACUUCACAUCAACACAUCAACAGAAACUCGAAUGAUGAGGAUACAGCAGGAGAAAAAGUUUAGACCUCUGUUAGGGAACCCAGGGAAAUGAAGUCUGUGUGUGUGUGUGUGUGUGUGUGUGUGUGUGUGUGUGUGUGUGUGUGUGUGUGUGUGUGUUUGCAGUAUACCAUAAAUAUACACACUAUAUACAAUGUGAGAUUGUAUUGUCUUUGUAACACAACCAAGAUAACAAGUCAAGACAUUUAUUUCUGUCAGAUGUAAAAUUUUGUGAUUUAAUGUAGCCACUUUAACAGAUGUGUGGAUUAUAUUUUAAAUAUACAAUUUAUGAAUAAUGUAUAUGCUAAAGCUACAGAAUAAAGAAUAGAAUUGUUUUCAUUUCCUUCCCCGGCUUCCAGAAGACAUCCUGACUCGUAUGUCAGAUCUGCAGCUUCACUUGCAGGCGUCGAGCCCCCAAUUUCAGGGGGCUUUGAUGACGUUGUGUUUUGCAGCUUCCAUCAUGCAUUAAGGAAACAUAAAAAACAAACAUUGAAAACAACAGCAAAGAUUUUCAAAUUCACAGUGGAAAACUCACAAUUCGAACUACACAGAGAACAUAAAGCAUUGGGUUAAGUUAGCCAACACACACCGCUGCCAAAUGUUGCCAUAGCCUAAAGCAGAGUUUGUGUAUCAUGAACCUUAGGUUUCGAUCGAUUUAUGAUCUCCAAGUGUGGUAGAGUGUGCCGUGCAAUCUGUUUCCUCAUUGAUAUUUUUGAAUGCUCUCUUUCCUUUAUAGAUUCAUUGACCUGUAACCUGCCUGUCAGCAACAUACUUUAAAACACGCCCACGCUUUCCCGACACGAUCUUCUCUUGUUGCUUGUGCCAAAAGUUCUUGGGAAAAAAAGAGCGAUGCUUCCUAUGAAAUGUCUAAUUUUCUGUUGGAGUGACUUCUGUUGACUGAUUUUUAAAAAAAAAUAUC